CUGCGCGCUUCCUCGUGUUUUUCGCCAGCGCGCAGUUGACAGUCUCGGCGACGUCCUCCGCGCGAACAUCAUCCUAUAUGUCCGCGCGCGUCGCCGCUGCAGCAGCCUGUAUUGUUAUUAUUUUGUACACGCAAGAGCGGAUGUAAUCGCAUAAACGGCUGUACACACACGUCUUCUACCACUGCGUGUCCAUACAUUAGCUUUUCGUAAGGCUUCCGAAAGUCACGCGCAAUUUCCACUCGGAUGUUCUUUUGCUAGUGCUGCUGUGAUAUCCUAUAGCGAAUAGCACGUAUAGUAUAAGUAUACUUAUACCGGGCCAUAAGUACACGCUGCAGAGCGCCGCGACAGUUUCCAUUUAGCCACAUCGAGAGGAAGAAGAAGAAAAGAGUCGGAUGAAACAAGUUGUAACUUGGCUAUACGCGUAAAUAAGGAUUAGGAUCGAGGAAGAUAUUAUAGGAGAAAGAACGUAGAAGAGGAAAUACACAGGACCGAUGGCGUCGUCGCCGACGACGACGACGAGCUAUGGUAAUCCGUGAGCAGCAGAGCCGAGACGAGCAGGAAGUCACUGCCGGGACGAAGACCAUCUCCGCGUCAGCUCGCUUAGCUUACGAUGAUUCGCGACCUGGCACACGAUGCUACAGUUCUUUAAGAAAGCUGGGCACAGAGAAAGGCCUAGAUCUUCGCACAGCUCACCCACAAAGUCUUUGAGUCCAGGGGAGCAACCAAGCAGUUAUGGGUUUGUCGGAGCCUCUGUGGUGGCAGUGCCAAGCUCAUUAUGCAGCUUCGAGGAGGAAGAGGAAGAUGAUGUCUUUGAGGAUGGCAAAAGUCAAGUAAACUCUUUUCGUUCUCAACUCUCCAAAACACUGCCCGAGAUCCUGGCAGACAAGAGCGCACUUGGAUAUUUUAUACAGUUUAUGGACUCACGGAAGGAGAUGUCAUUGAUCAAGUUUUGGUUAGAGGUUGAGUGUCUCUGCGGUGCUUAUUCUUCUCCAGAGUUUCUUGGAAAUAAAGAUGGCUGUAGUAAAAGAACUAGAGAGCUUAUUAAUUCUACAAACAAUUUAGAAAAUGUUGAUAACUGUGCCUGCAGCAUUAUGUCUACCAGCGUCAGUGAUUUUGAACUUGAUGCUCUAUCAUUAGAUAGUAAUGUGAAUAGUAAUGAACAGAGUUUGUCAUUACAAAGUCCUGUAAAUGAGAUCAAAUCAAAUUUUAAUCCGCCAAAGAAUAGUCCAAUAGUCAACAACGAAAGCAAAAACAAUUGUAAAUUUGGAGGAUGUAAAGGAUCAUCGCUGCAACAAGAUGCAAUGCUUAUAUAUAGAAAAUAUUUAUCAAAAAACGCAUUGGGUUCCAAUCGUAUUCCUGAUGAGUUAAAAGCAGAAACAGAAAAAGCAGUAAUAAGUGAGAAUUCUGAACUAAUAUUGAAAUAUCUAUCUCAGACUCAGAAAACCGUAUAUAAAAUUUUAGAAGAAGAGUAUAUCAACGAUUUCUUAAGGAGUGUUUUUCAUUGUAAGCAUCAAAUUGAUGUUUUGACUAGUGGAAAUGUACAGUUAGCUGAUAUACUAUACAAUGAAACAGCUUUUUUUUACUUUAUGGAGUUUAUGGAGAUUGAAAACAAAAGAGAAUUACUCGAUUUUUGGAUGACUGCAAUGAAUUAUAAACAGAAUUUACUAGAAAAAGGAGAUUUGACAGAUCCUACUGAGGCUCAAACAGAUGCUCUCAUAAUUUAUGACAAGUAUUUUAGUCUACAGGCAACAAUGCCACUAGGAUUUACUGAUAGAAUUCGUUUCCAAGUUGAACAAAAUAUUUGUAGAGAGGAUGGAAAAGGUCCUCAACCUGACUGCUUUGACCGACCAUGUCAGAUUGUUCAUAAUUUUUUGAAUAGACAUUAUCUUCCUACUUUUUUACAAUCACAACUAUUUUAUAAGUAUUUGUCAGAAUUGAUUAAUAGUGUUCAAAGUAGUCAUUGUCCUGCAUUUCAUCCUCCCAUCAGAAGAGCAGGAUCGGACUGUAGCAGCGAAAUAAGUUCUGUGAGUAACAUUACAAGCUCUGUUCCAUCAACUAGUGAAGACAAAAGGCAAUCGAGUUAUGGUACACCUGUGAAUGGGGGCAUGAACAUCGAUACAAAACAACUCUACGAUCCUGAUUCUUUAUGGAGAAGAAAUAAGUGCAGUUUGAGUGUAGGUUACGUAGAUAAUCUUGGACGAUUUGUUACUGAAAUAGAACCUGAUCCAUGUCGUAAGAACGAAAAAGAAUCGCGAAUUUCUCGUGCUGUCAAAAGACUGGUGCAUAUAGAACAAGAUAAGGCAAAAGAAGAAUCUGCAUGGAAAAUUGCUGAAAUGAUUGUUCGUGAUGUCACCUCUCUAACCCUUGGAGCUUCAGAUCUUCCAUCCUGAUAGAACUGACCUAUAGCUGACUACUAAGUAAAAUCUUGUUUUAGAAAUUGAAUUUUCCUCAACUUUAAAGGUUUGCUUUUAAAUUCAUUAACUUUUAACCAAACAUGCUUACAAUAUAUUUUUAAAAGUUUUAUCCGGUGAAAAAACUGUGUAGGGAACGAAAUCAUGACAUGUGAAAUGACUUUUGACUAUUUAUUGUUAUUACUAUUAUUAUUAUAUACGUUUUUAGCACAAACUAAGUUCUUGUAUCAAGAAUACUACUUCUAAUCUUGGUAUUUUCUGUGAUGAAUUUUGUAUAUUUUUUUAAAACUAUUUAAAAUCGGUAAAAUGAUAUUUCACUAUGAUAACGAUACUUCCACUGUAAUGAGAUUAUUUAAAGUAUUCUUAUGUUUUAAAAAAUCAAGUAAUUAUCGAAAUGUUAGACUACUUUUCAAAAGGCUAACAGUCUUAUAUACACGUUUUGAAAUUUAAGACAGUGCAUUAGCAUGACUUAGACCACUAUUUACAUUGUGAUACGCGCUGAAAUUGUUGCGCAAUUAUUUUACCUUAUAAAUAUAUCAUCUAAUUAUUGAGGUCUGAUCAUCGGAUCAAUUAUUUUCGCCGAUAAGAGUAUGACUUAUCAGUACACUGUUAGAUCUAACGUCACUUUCUAUUGUUGGUAAGUUUCUAAGAGAAACUAUAAAUUCGUUAACGACCUACAUAACACAGAACAAGAAUAAUCCGAAGUAUAUUAAAUAUUAGGAUACAAUUUGUUUGCUUAAAAAACAACUCAGAAAUUAACGAAUAAGUAUCUAUUUUCUUAAAAAAUACAUUUUUACACGGUGCUAAACUAUUACAUGGACGGCGAUGAGAGUCGUAAUUAAAUCAUUUGUAAGGCAUCGACAAAUGAACUAAUGAUGUGAACGCCUGUACAUAAUACGCUCGUUUCGAUAUUUUCACGCUAAACAUCUAUAAAUAACUAAACUAAUGUAAAUCAUAAAUAACAGCAGUUACGACAUAAUCUACGAGCUGUACAAAAGUUAUAAUACCUGUAUUUAAAUGUAUAUAAUUUGUAAAAAAAAAAAA